CUGACGACCGUAAAUGAAAUUUGCAUUAUCGGAGUCUCGGAGAAGGAAAGAAGAAGAAGCUCUUUCUUUCUUUCUUUCUUUCUAAUUGAUCUGAUCUCCACACACCAAAAUGAUUCACUUUGUGCUUCUUAUUAGUCGACAAGGAAAAGUGAGGUUGACAAAAUGGUAUUCACCGUAUACUCAGAAGGAAAGAACUAAGGUUCUACGGGAGCUAAGUGGAGUGAUUCUUACCCGAGGGCCCAAGCUCUGUAAUUUUGUUGAAUGGAGAGGAUAUAAAGUUGUUUAUAAAAGAUAUGCUAGUCUGUAUUUCUGCAUGUGCAUUGACCAAGAAGACAAUGAAUUAGAGGUCCUUGAAAUAAUUCAUCAUUAUGUGGAGAUUUUGGACCGAUACUUUGGCAGUGUCUGUGAGCUGGACUUGAUCUUCAAUUUCCACAAGGCCUACUAUAUAUUGGAUGAACUAUUGAUUGCUGGUGAACUUCAGGAAUCUAGCAAGAAAUCAGUUGCACGGUUGAUAUCUGCACAGGAUUCAUUGGUGGAGAUGGCAAAAGAGCAGCGCAGUUCAAUAAGUAAUAUAAUUGCUCAGGCCACCAAGUAGAGGACAGACAUACAUAGUUGCCUGAUAUAUUGGUUGAAAUUCAAGCGCUUAUUGUAUUAUUCUUAUUCUGUGUUUUUCUUUGUAAUGACUUGAAUGCACCUUUUGUUUCGUAUGUGUUUUUGAGGAUUGUGACAUGAUUGCACGUCUGAAUUACCAUUAAAAUUACAUGUUCUAUAUGGUUGAUGCAUUUCCAUUUUCA